AUGGGAGUGACUUUCUCGUCCAUGUGGGGAAGGCUCUUUGCGAGGAAAGAGACCAAGGUCCUCAUCCUCGGUCUGGACAAUGCGGGCAAGAGUACGAUCCUCUAUAGAAUAACGAUGGGCUCAGUUGUCGCCAGUGCCCCAACAGUAGGAAGCAACCACGAGACAUACGACUACAAAGGCGUCCGAUUCGGCCUGAUCGAUAUCGGGGGCCAGACAAGCCUGCGCGGGAGCUGGGCACAGUACUUUACGGGCACAACGGCGAUUAUACUGGUUAUUGAUUCGAGCGAUGCGGGGCGGAUGGCGCUGGCCAAGUCGGAAUUGGACAAGCUUGUCAAGCAUGAAGAACUCUCUUCGGCAUUAUUGCUCGUCCUCGCAAAUAAGCAAGACCUGCCCAACAAGCUCACCCCGGCGCAAGUCUCCGAAGGGCUGGGUCUGACCAGCCUGCGCGAGAGGGAAUGGCAGAUCAUGGGGUGUAGUGCGUUGAGUGGGGAGGGGCUAUUCGAAGGGAUGGACUGGUUGGUGGGGAAGCUGGAGGCGAGAUAG